AUGAAAUUGGAUAUUCGCAAAACUUUCAGUACAAGAACUGAUAGGGUGAAAGGUAUUGACUUUCACCCCGAAGAGCCUUGGGUUCUAAUUACACUAUACUCGGGGAAAAUCGAGAUAUGGAAUUACGAAACCCAAACUCAAGUGAGAUCCAUUCCAUUGUGUGAUGCUCCUGUAAGAGCUGGUAGAUUUAUUGCCAGGAAAAAUUGGGUUGUUGUGGGCUCUGAUGAUUUCAAAUUGAGAGUUUACAAUUAUAACACUGGUGAAAAAGUAACUGAAUUUGAAGCGCACCCAGACUAUAUCCGUUCCAUUGCUGUGCACCCUACGAGACCUUUCGUAUUAACUGGUUCUGAUGAUCUGACUGUCAAGUUGUGGAACUGGGAGAAGAAUUGGGCUUGCGAACAAACUUUCACUGGUCAUGAACACUUUGUGAUGUCUGUUGCUUUCAACCCUAAGGAUCCUAACCAAUUUGCUUCUGGGUGUUUGGAUCAUACCGUAAAGGUUUGGUCUAUUGGUCAAGACGUUCCAAACUUCACCUUAAAAGCCCACGAAACAAAAGGUGUAAACUACGUGGACUAUUAUCCUCUUCAAGAUAAGCCUUACUUGAUCACUACUUCUGAUGAUGGUACUAUCAAGAUCUGGGAUUACCAAACAAAAUCAGAAGUUGCUACUCUACAGGGUCAUAUGGCUAAUGUAUCAUAUGCCGUAUUCCAUCCUACUCUACCUAUCAUUAUUUCGGGCUCUGAAGAUGGUACUUUGAAGAUUUGGAAUGCCAACACCUAUAGGUUAGAGAAAACCUUAAAUAUUGGUCUUGAAAGAAGUUGGUGUAUCGCAACUCACCCAUCCGGAAAGUGCAACUAUAUAGCCUCUGGGUUUGACGAUGGUUUUACUGUAUUAUCACUGGGUGAUGACCAACCUAAGCUCUCCUUAGAUCCAGUGGGAAAAUUGGUCUAUACUGGUGGCAAAGGUUUUGUUACAGAUGUUUUCUCCGCCAUUAUUAGAGGCAAUGAAGAAGUGGAAGAAGGUGGUGCCCUUCCUUUACAAAGUAAAGAAUUGGGUUACAUUGAUGUUUUCCCUCAAAGUUUGAAGCAUUCUCCAAACGGAAGAUUUGUUGCAGUUGUGGGUGACGACCAAUUCAUCAUAUACACUGCUUUAUCCUGGAGAAACAAAGGAUUUGGUAAGUGUCAUGACUUUGUUUGGGGGCCAGAUUCCAAUAGUUUUGCGAUAAUUGAAGAAUCAGGAUCCGUAGCAUACUUUAAAAACAACAAUAAAGUGACAUCCUGGUCGAUCCCUCUUGAAUAUGGCAUUGAAAAAUUAUUCCCUGGUUCAUUAUUAGGUGUUAAAGCCGAUGGAUUCACUUACUUCUUCGAUUGGGAAUCUGGUAGUUUAGUAAAGAGAAUCGAUGUGGAUGCAAAGGAUGUUGUUUGGUCUGAGAAUGGAGAAUUAGUAAUGAUAAUCAAUAAAGAUCGUGACGCUGACUCUAAUGAAGAAGCCAGUGCUUAUGCUUUACUAUUCAACAAGGAUGCAUAUGAUGAAGCAUUAGCAUCCGGUAACAUUGACGAAGAUGGUGUAGAAGACUCCUUUGAUGUUCUAUACGAAGUUUCAGAGGGAAUCACAUCAGGAAAAUGGGUUGGAGACGUGUUUAUCUUUACAACACCAACAAAUAGAUUAAACUACUUUGUCGGUGGUAAGAUUUACAACUUAGCUCAUUUCGACAAACAGAUGUACUUAUUGGGUUAUUUGCCUAGAGAUGAUAAGGUGUAUUUGGCUGAUAAAGACAUCCAUGUCUAUGGUUAUGAAAUAUCUAUUGACGUUUUGGAGUUCGAAACUUUAGUUUUAAGAGGUGAAUUAGCAGAAGCUAAGUCUACUGUGUUACCAAAUGUCCAAGGUAAAGAGAACUUGCUCAGAAUCUCUAGAUUUUUGGAGGGCCAAGAUUUAUUCGAAGAUGCUCUUGAAAUCUCUCCAGAUGCUGAACAAAAGUUUGACUUAGCUCUAAAACUAGGAAAACUUUCCCUAGCCGAAGAAAUAUUAUCAGAACAGGAAAGUGAAAACAGAUGGAUUCAGUUGGGUGAUGCCGCAUUGAAAAAAUUCAACUUCACUCUAGCUUUGCAAUGUUAUAAGAGGGCCAACGAUCUAGAAUCUCUUUUCCUACUGUACUCAUCGUUUAACAAUAAACAGGAGUUAAUUUCAUUGGGAAAGAAUGCAGAAACUUCAGGUAAGUUCAACUUAGCUUUCAAUGCUUACUGGGUUGCUGGUGAUGUUACUGGAGCAAAAAAUCUACUAUUGAAAUCUGGCAGGGUUCCAGAAGCUGCACUAUUGAGUUUGACAUACGGCGAACCAGAUGCUGGUGUCAACGAGGUUGUGGAUAUAUGGAAGCAAACCCUAUUAAAAGACGGCAAGGCAGGUAUUGCCCAAAGGAUCGGUAUUAUUGGAGAAACUGAGGGUUUUCCAUCUAGGGAACCUCAGACUUUAGUUGACCUUGAUACUCCAAAGGACGGAAAGGAAGAAAUAGAAGCAGAAGAAAAAACAAAUGAAGAAGAGCAAGUAGAGACGGAGAAAGUAGUUGAAGAAACCAAGGAAGCCGAAGCAGAACAAGAGGAAAAAGAGGAAAAAGAGGAAAAAGAUACCGAUGAAGUCCCUGAGAAAUUUACUGAUGCUGAAGAGUAA